ACUGCGGUAAACAAGGUUCCUGUCCAGAUUUUUGUCCUCCAUCUCCGCUGGAUGGCAGCGCUGUUGGCAACAACAUGCUGCUCAGCCUAUUGUGUUGGUGAUCUAUGGUAACAGCUACCAGCCAUCAAUACCAAAACAACGACGAUGGGGUCUUUAAAACCACAGUCGCGGAAGUGAUGGCAUAUUGCGGGUGUUUGGUUGAGAACACCCAUCGAUAGACGACAGAUUUACCCCUUCCAUCAUAGCAUGUAAGAUCAUUACAGCUUAAUUACACCGAGGGAUGAUUGCAGGUUUGCAGCCACUGACGCAUCUGGAUUUAGCAGAGCUCUUUUGCUGCCUCUGUCAUCCGCAUUGAAUCGCAUCCAACUGCGGCUAGCUAGUUAAGCUAGACGUCAGGUUUCGCCUAGAAGGAGAAGUCCACCCAUGUGGCUGCUUGCCUUUUCAAACCCAUCGACAAUGUAAAUUAAUAUGCGAUCAAAGAGACGGGAUUUGGCAGUGCCAGAGAUGGCCUCCCCUCUCCCUGUCUCCAUUCUCAUUCUGGUGGUCCUUCUAUCAGCUGAGUGGCCUGUGUGCCAGGCAGGGGACUGCAAGGGCCACAGGCAGGUGCUGAGGGGACCUCCAGGUUAUGUCACAGAUGGACCUGGAAACUACUCUGUCAAUGGGAACUGCGAGUGGCUUAUCAAAGCUCCAAGCAUCAGCCAUCGGAUUGUGUUGAACUUCACCUUUAUGGACACAGAGUGUACCUAUGACUACCUAUUUGUAUACGAUGGGGACUCCUACCAAAGUCCACUUCUAGCCAGUCUGAGUGGCAACUCUUUGCCUGAGCCCAUUGAAGCCAAGUCUGGGAAGAUGCUGAUUCACCUAUUCAGUGAUGCUAAUUACAACCUUCUGGGCUUCAAUGCAACAUACACCUUCUCGGUAUGCCCUGGAGCCUGUAGCGGCCAUGGUCGCUGUGAUUCCUCUACAUCCAAGUGCCACUGCCAUCAGGGUUGGGGAGGAGCAUCUUGUUCAACCCCUGUUUGUUCCCAGGCUUGUACUGUGAAUGGACAAUGUGACAAGAAAGGAGAACGUUGUCAGUGUAACCCAGGGUUCCUGGGCCAAAGCUGUCAGCUUGGUCUCCGUGACGAUAACGGAGCAGGACGGUGGUGGCGUGUAAGUGAGGGAAACCCAAACGCACCUCCAAGGACUGGUUCUGCUGGUGUGUACCUGUCCUCCACUGGAGCCCUGUAUUUGUUUGGAGGAUUUGAUCUGAACAGGGCUCUUGGUGACUUGAUCAAGUACAAUUUCACAUCCAACCAGUGGGAAAGCAGGUCUUACGGUCACUCCCCUGUGGCUCGUCACUCCCACACAGCUGUGCAGUACAUGGGUUCUAUGGUUAUCUUUGGAGGAGAGCUAGCCAAUGGAUCCCUGGCCAGUGACGUCUGGAUGUACAGGCCUGUCCAGGAUGAUUGGCAGCAGCUGGGCUUUUCCCACUCACGAGGCGCUCCGAAACUGGCCAAUCACGCUGCAGCGGUGGUCGACAGCUAUCUCUAUGUUUUUGGAGGUCGUACCGAGGAGGAUAUGUUUUCCUCGACUCUGUAUCGCUUCGGCUUGCACGGUUCAGGACGAUGGGAAACGAUUCAGCCCACUGGUGGGAAACCCCCUGCCUCUGCUGGCCACUCCUUGGUGUUCCACAGCCCAUCCAGGACCCUGUUGGUCUAUGGGGGUCACAGACCUACUAGUGCCAGGUUUAGUGUACGAGUGAACAACACAGAUGUGUUCCACGUAGACAGACGGUUUUGGACCACGUUUCGUUCCCGCUUUCCAACAACCGGGCCCAGAGAGAGAGCUUUCCAUACGGCCACUGUCAUUGGAAACUACAUGGUGGUCUAUGGUGGAAAUGUUCAUAAUCACUACCAGGAGGAGAAAUGCUAUGAUAAGGAAAUCUUUUUUUAUCAUCUGGGCUGCCACCAGUGGGUGUCGCCUGGAGGAGGAUGGUCAACCAAUGGGGAAGCAGUGAGGGGGCGGUAUUCACAUGUUGCCGCGGUGAUGGAAGGACGUGUGCUGCUGGUUGCUGGCGGUUACAGUGGUGUUGCCCGAGGAGAUCUUGCGGCUUACAAAGUGCCAUUGUUUGUUAGCAGUGAUCGAGGCGACAGGGAUGCUGUUUGUGCUGAGGCGCUUGAUGAAAGCAUGUGCCUGAAGAACCCAGAGUGCAGCUGGUGUGAAGGCCGCUGUAGAGAGUACCAGCCCACCAACCCGUGUGGAAGCACAGGGUGCCUGGGCCUUGCUCGCUUUCUGUCAGACUGUCAGUCCUGCCUGGUGUUCAGCGGAACGCCGGCAUCUCUUGCUAGAGCCCCUGGUGAAUUUGGCUGGUGUGUUCAGAACGAGUCCUGCCUGCCAGUUUCAGAGCAAAGUGCGUGCCGUGCGGACCAGAUCUCAGGGGCGUAUGGCUGGUGGGGGGAGCGUACCCGUUUCCUAACCUCCCUCCACUCCUGUCGCACCGAGAACUAUGUCCCGGGACUGCACCUGCUCACCUUCCAGCACCCCCGCAACGACUCCCAGCCUGACAAGGUAUCCAUCCUCCGCAGCGCCUCCGUCAUCCUCGGCCCCACCACAGAAAUGGAUGUGUCCCUACAGUUCAAGGGCUUCAUCCACCCCUUGUGGGGAGGACCUCCACCUGCACCUCCCCCCACAGAGACCGUCCUCAUAUGGGCUCGAGUCCAGAGGUUCCACUUUGAGGCUCGAAUGGCAUCAGGACCCAACUCCACCCAAAUGGAGGUGGUUGGUCGCUGGGCAGCGCAGCAGGAAAAGGAGCUAAAGCCUUUGAUGCGACCGGAUGGAGGCAGACUUUUCUCUAACCUGACCAGGGGGAACCAUUACCUUAUUCAAGCUGAAGGCUACCUUAACAACUCGGGUUCAGGACAAACAAGUGAAAUGGCCCUGAUCUGGAACAGAACAUUACGUGAAAGGAGUGAGAUCUCUUUCCUGUUCCUGGAGCCCUUCCGCUCAGGCUCCUGUUCGGGCUACAUGUCCUGUCUGGCCUGCCUCUCUGACCAGUCGUGUGGUUGGUGUCCGUCUCUGUCCCGCUGUCUGUUGCGAGACGGCCCAGACCUGCAGUACUGUCCAGAGACAGAAAUGGUUGAAGGCAAAGGAGACAGUCAGCGCCAUCUGCUGUUGUCACCACAGCAUUGUACUCUGUGUGAGGAUUACAGAGACUGCUCCACAUGCACUAAGGAUCCUUACUGUGAGUGGCAAAUAAACUCCAGUAAGAAAGGAGAGUUUCUGUGCAGCCGGCGGGGAAGGUUGGAGGGAUCCAUCCGUGACCCAAAGGGGUGUCCGAAAGUCUGCAACCAGAGAAAGACAUGCAGUGAGUGUCUCUCCAACUCCAGUCAGUGUGCAUGGUGUGAAUCUGCCCAGGCUUGCUUCUAUUUUGCUGCAUACCUCACAAAAUAUCCCUAUGGAGAGUGUAGGGACUGGUAUGACAGCGUCCAUUCAGUUCCUCAGUGUAAGCAGUGUUCAGCUUUAAACACAUGUACAGAGUGCCUGAGAACAUUUCAGUGUGGCUGGUGUGGGGACUACAACAAUCCCACAAUUGGAAAGUGUUUGAGGGGAGACUGGGCCGGAAUGGACGAUCCAUCAGUAUAUAACUGCAGUGUGGCUGUGGCUGAAGCUCGAGCUGCAAAUCCAGAACCUCAAACCUCGGCCCCUCCCAGACCUUUGGACAUGGAAAUGGAGUUGGAGAUCUUCGACGAUGAGGAGAAAGAUGCCAUCUGGUCUUACCCCACAUGUCCUGACGUGGAGGAAUGCAGGCUAGGCCUCCACAACUGUCACCCUUUUGCCACCUGUAUCAACACUCCAACCUCGUAUGAGUGCCACUGUGAGAGAGGAUACACAGGCGAUGGCACGCUGCAUUGCAACCAGACGUGUUAUAAUGAAUGCCGUGAAGGUCAGUGUAGCGGCAGCCCAAGGUUUGAGUGUGAAUGUUCCCUGGGCUGGACAUCCGACCCCGCUACUCUGGUUCUGAGUGGUGUCGAAUGCGACGUGGACUGUGGCUGCAACUUCCACUCCACCUGUAUCACUGCUCCUGGGAUCUGUGAUGAAUGCCAAGAUUGGACCACAGGACCUCAUUGUGAACACUGCCGUCCAGGCAGCUUUGGUUCGGCCCUGGCUGGCGGUGGUGGCUGUGUCCCAUGCGAGUGUAAUGGACAUGGUGACCCCCUCCAAGGUUAUUGUCACAACCAGACAGGCCAGUGUUACUGUACUCAUAACACCCAGGGACCACACUGUGAGUCCUGUCUUCCUGGUUACUAUGGAGACCCGAGAAACAAUGGCACAUGUUACCGGCAGUGUCAGGGCCGCUCCGUCCUGCUCUCCUCCUCAUCCUCCUCCUUGACUAUCCCCUUGUCGUCGUCUCUGGGGUGGAGGAGUGGUACCGAAAGGAAAGGAGGACUUUCUCACUGUCUUUGGGUCUUGUCUGUCACUGAGAAGCUUGGACCUUGCAAACCCAAACAGCUCUGCCCCCCAGUAGCUCUCACCUUACACCCAGACUCCCACACCUACUGUAAUACAUCUUAUGUUUACGUGUUUGAUGGCCUUCCUCGUUUUCUGCCAAAUGGAGUCGUUCAUUCUGAUCACAACCUUAUUGGAGCGUUUUGUGGCACCAAAAGGACUCAGCCAAUCACUGUUGAGGCCACCUCAGGUGUGAUCUCAGUCUACUUUGAGGCCAACGUUUCUUCAAAUAUGUCACAAGGCUUUAACGCAUCUUUCUGGGUGCGUCGAUGUCAGCAGAAGUCGGAUGAGGAUGAAGAGGGCUCAGCUGUCUGUGCAGGUGGAGCCCAGUGUCAGAGUGGGCUCUGCAGGUGUCCUCAGGGAUAUGGGGGACCGUACUGUGACCGACCCAUGUGCCCCCAGGAUUGUGGAGCAACAGAAGGAAGAGGAGUUUGUAACAUAUCUCUGGGAGUCUGUGUGUGUUCUGAAAGCUGGGCUGGCUCAGACUGUUCUGUUCUUCGGGACCCAAACAGUUUGAUUUGGGAGACUCUGUUUGACACCCAAUUGACCAUGAAACAGGCUCACAGGUUCCUCCACAGGAUGGGACACUCUCUGGUGUCUGGACCUCAGGGCAACCUUUGGAUGUAUGGCGGGUUUUCUCUGUCAGAUGGUAUUCUCGGAAAUGUGUACAGAUAUUCUGUGAGGGAGCGUCGAUGGACCCAGAUGUUGACAGGUUCUCUGGAUGAAGGGACAACUCCAACCGCCCGCUAUCAUCACGCCGCUGCAUUGCUGAACACCUUUGAGCUGGACUCCGGGAGCCAUGAGGGUGGUCACAGCUUUAUGUUAGUGGUAGGGGGGGUCACUCAAAAUGGCAUUGCCAUGGAUACUUGGAGUCUUAAUCUCAGCAGCUUGGUCUGGAGAGAACACAAGAGCUCAGUGCUGCCCCCGGUGGCUGGUCACACUUUAACAGUACGUCGGGACUCGGUGCUACUGAUUGGAGGCUACUCUCCAGAAAACGGUUUCAACCAUCAUCUGUUGGAGUUCAGCCCUCAUUCAGGGAACUGGACAGUUGUUCCCCACACAGGAACCCCUCCCGCAGGUUUAUAUGGACACUCAGCAGUGUACCAUGAGCAGACGGAUGCCAUCUACGUGUUUGGAGGCUAUCGCUUUCAUGUGGAAACAGUGGAACCAUCGGGGGAACUCUAUAGCCUGUAUUACCCCAACCUUACCUGGUCUCUUCUGGUUCCCACACAGGGCACAAAGCCACUCUCCCGUUUCUUCCACGCCGCUGCUAUGAUUAAAGACACCAUGGUCAUUGUGGGUGGGAGGAUAGAAGAAGAAGACUACAGUAACUCUGUGUCUCUGUACCAGAUCAACUGCAACACCUGGAUAAAUCCUGUUUCAGCAAUAGGAGAUCCAGUUAAUCAAUCAGUUUCCCUUGCCAUGGCAAGCUGGGGUGGUCGCCUUUUCCUCUCUGGUGGCUUUAAUGGGGUCACACUGGGUAGACUCCUCACUCUGACUGUGCCCUCUGACCCCUGUGCCGUCCUGCCCACACCAGAGUCCUGCAAUAACAACACAGGCAGCUGUGUUUGGUGCAGGGGUACCUGUGCUUCUUCUGAUGCCGCAGAAAGAAUGGGCUGCCUCAUGGGACAUUCCACCUGCUCCCCGAUUCCUCAUCAACCGGAACAGUGCCGCAGACUCAAGACCUGCGGCGAAUGCCUCGCUCGUCACCCUAAAACCUUUUCCGGUCCAUCUCAGCCUGCUUUACCGUGCAAGUGGUGCGCAAACUGUCCAGAGGGAGCCUGUAUCAGUAGCUCCAACAGCUGUACAACAGAGCAUGACUGUCGGAUCAACCAGAGAGAGAUUUUCCUGUCCAGCAACUGCAGUGAGACCAGCUGUGAGGCUUCAGACUGCCCCAAAUGUACUGCAUCUGGAAAAUGCAUGUGGACCCGCCAAUUCAAACGUACAGGUGAAACAAGGCGAAUCCUGAGUGUGAACCCCGCCUAUAACUGGACAUGUUUUAGCUACGCGCUGCUCAACGUUUCACCAAUGCAGGUGGAGUCAUCUCCCCCUCUCCCAUGUCCCCCUCCCUGUCACACGCUGCACAACUGCAGCCUCUGUCUGGGCUCUAGGGGCUCUGAUGGGGGCUGGCAGCACUGUGUGUGGAGUAUGGCUCUCCAGCAGUGCAUGAGCCCGUCUUUUGUGCCCCUUCGCUGUGAAGCAGGCCAGUGUGGCCGAAUUCUCAUUGGGGGAGACUCCUGCUCUCCAAAGUGCUCCCAGCUCACCCAGUGCUCCCAAUGCAUUGCCAGACCUCAGUGUGGCUGGUGUGCUAUUAGCGGAGGCAAUGGAGCUGGCCGCUGCUUGCAGGGUGGAGUUGACAGUGUGAGUGAGGGAGUUUGCCCCGUGAGAAACAGUAGCUGGUCUUUCCUGCAUUGUCCAGAGGAGGAUGAGUGUGCCAAUGGUCAUCACCAUUGCAACAACACUCAGGACUGCCACGACUUACCUGAGGGAUACCACUGCACAUGCAAGCAGGGUUACAUUCUUAACAGUGUUUCUGGGCAGUGUGAGCCGGUGUGUGCACAAGGUUGUGUGAACGGGACAUGCGUGUCACCUGGAGUUUGCCGGUGUCACUUUGGUUUUGUUGGGGACAACUGUUCCUCUGAGUGCAAAUGCAACAAACACAGCAACUGUGUCAGUGUUGACAAGCCCGACAUUUGCCUGGUGUGCCAAAAUAACACCAAAGGAAAGUACUGCGAAAAGUGCAAGCCUCUAUUUGUGGGUUCUGCAAUAGAUGGCGGAACCUGCCGCCCAUGUCGGGAAUUUUGCAGGGGAAACGGAGACGUGUGUCUGUCCAGGGAUGAACAUAACAAGGCUAUUGAGAACCCUCACCUCUUCCCUGUGGACCCUUUACUUAUUCGGAGCUGGGUGUUUGAAGGUCCUACAGAAAAUACUGCAGUGUGUGUGAAUUGCCAAAACAACAGUGUUGGGGAUCGGUGUGAGGGCUGCCGUCGUGGCUAUUUUCUCCUGCAUGGGAAAUGUGAAAAAUGUCAGUGUAAUGGUCAUGCAGACACAUGUGAGCCAGAUGGCAGUGGAUGCCCCUGCCAAAACAACACAGAGACCUCAUCCUGCCUCAGCAGUCCUCAAAAUGAUCGAAAAGACUGCUACAGGCAGCAGUGUGCCAAAUGCAAAGACUCAUUCAAUGGUAACCCUGUGAACGGGCGUCAGUGCUACCGUCAGUUUAACGUGGAUUCAGAGUUCUGUUUUGAUCCUACGUCCCAAACGAACUGCUUCCAUGAUCCCACCAUUCGCAACCUACCCAAGGGUCGCACCGUGUUCUUUGCUGCCCAGCCCAAGUUUACAAAUGUGGACAUCCGGGUCACCAUUGAUGUGACGUUUGGAGAAGUGGAGGUUUAUGUGUCCAAUUCACAUGACACUUUUAUUGUGAAUGUGGACCGCGCCACAGGGAUUCAUACUAUUAAGAUAGAGGAUGAAUCAGCAAGUCGUGCGACAGCAGCAGACAAGGAUUCUCCUCCAUCCCCUAUUAAAGUGUUCGCCAACGCCACAUCCAACAUGGCAGGUCCCUUGCUUUCCCACAAUCCCCUGCAACUGCAAGCCAAACCCCCGGGGGCGGAGCGAGAAAUCAGAGAGGAGCGCGCCGAGGGACUCAUCUCAUACAUCACCGUGUGGAAGCCGCAGACGGUGCUGAUCGUCCGGGGAGUUCGGGAUCGCGUGGUCAUCACCUUCCCGCAUGAGGUGCAUUCCCUCAAAUCCAGCCGCUUUUACAUCGCUCUCAAAGGUGUUGGAACCGGCGACAGACAGGGCGAGUCCCAGGGCCUGCUGUUUGUGCGACAGGACCAAGCCCACAUAGACCUCUUUGUCUUCUUCUCUGUUUUCUUCUCCUGUUUUUUCCUGUUCCUCUCCGUCUGUGUCCUCUUGUGGAAGGUCAAGCAGUUCCUAGACUUCCGCCGGGAGCAGCGCCGCCACAUUCAGGAGAUGACCAAAAUGGCAUCCAGACCGUUUGCUAAACUCACCAUAUACCUCGAACCAGAGGAGCCUCAGCUCAUCUACCUACCUUCAGCCGGUGGGGGGGUGGGGGGCAGCACUGUAUCCAUCGCUCAUGCCCGCACAGGGAAGUUGAGCGGAGUGGUGGUGGGCCAGAGAGGCAGAGCGGGACCUGUCUACAAACACGACCCAGGCUCUGGACCCACAGCGCACCACCACCACCAUCAUCAUCAUCACCUCACCUUAAGCAGUGGAGGGAACAGCGGACAGCAUCUGCCGCUUCACUACUUAAACACCCAUCACUACGCCAGCACCACAGCAGGCACCCAGUCCUCUCACCAUCACCAUCCAUCCACGUACUCUGGCUACCAGCAGUUUUGCCGCUCUGACCCUUUCCUCUCGCAACUCAUGGGUUUCUCCUACUCCUCCUUUAAGGUGGGGCCGAUCACCCUAGAGCCCACCGAGGACGGCAUGGCCGGGGUGGCCACCGUCCUUUUCCAGCUACCUGGCGGUGUGUUGGCACCAAAUCGCGCCUGUUUGGGUUCUGCACUGGUUACCCUGCGGCAAAAUCUGCAGGAAUAUUGUGGCCACGGCGGUGGGGGCGGGCAUCCGGGGGGCGGCGCCGGGCGCAAGGGUUUGCAUCAGCACCUGACCACAAUGGCUAUCUAAGAGUGUAACAGAUUACAAAGAGAUGUGGAAGCUUGUAAAGUGUUUGGAAUAUUAUAAAUGAACUUUUUGAAAGAAUCUUAGCUAUAAGACAAAGUCCAAAAGAAAGUUACUGUACAUUCAGUAAGAUUAGCUUUUUGAACAGACAUGUACAUACACUGUAUUAUGAAAUAAGUGUCUUAUAUUGUUUGAUGUAUUGCUCUAUGAUAUUUCAACACUACACAUGACCAAGUCAGCUGUAUCUGCAAUGCACUACAAAAUGCUACUCUACAAAAUAACCCUUUAGUGAUCCCAGAAGGGGUGGAACCACACCGAACGCGGACUCUAUUAAAAGUUAUUCACCCAGAAAAUGGGACAGAAGAAAAUUUAGAACCAAAUGCACGUGCUUUAAAAAAAAAAAGCGACAAUCUUUUAGUGCAAAAAAAUAAAAUAAGAUUGGAAAAAUAAUGUGCAUAUUAGUGCUAAAACCGUUGCUUGUGAAAUGGUUACUUUAUCAGUCCAUGUUUGCGAUUUAUAACUGACUCUACCUGUUUUAGUUAAAUAAACCAUUGGGUAUGUUUUUUUAUAUAUUUAUCCACCUUUUCUGUUAUUUUUGUCUUAUCUGCCUUCACUUUAUGCCUUUUUCUGCAAGUCAGCAGGCUAACACUUGAAACUCUCCUGGUAAAGGUGUGAUGCGCAGCUGCCGGAGAGAGUUAAACAAUGUUCUACAUUUCAAAACUUGUUUUGCUCUUUUAAGGAAGUGACAUGAGAUAAUGUUUUUUGCAUUGGUGUUUUAUUCUUGCCUGUAAAACCAUGUAUCAAAAACUACAGGACUGGUCCAUAAUAGAUGAAAAAAACUUCCUGUUUAAACCUGUUUUUUUUGUUUUUGUUUUUUACAAGAUAUCAGUUAACAGCUACACUACAUGAUUGUAAUUGCUAAGUAUUAAUACGGUUUAUAAUGUAAGUUUGAGAAGCUCUGAGAGCAUUUGAGCCUGAAUCACUUAACUGUGCUGUGUCGGCAUUAGUGUUUCCUUUCCUUUUUGUUGUUUUCUUUGCACUGCAUGGAGCCAGCGGCCUCCUGACCAAUAUUACCCAUUUCGCCGGUAGCACACAUUGU